AUGUGUACUGACCUCACACUUGCUUGCAAUCUGCUAGCCAAAAAACCAGUUUCACUGCAGCCGGAAAAUAAGACCAUGAUUGACGAGAAGACCCUGCUAUAUUGUGCUUACGGGAGCCAAACGCAGGUUGUGGGCGUGGUUCAGCUCGACAUUUUCUUGGGACCCACAACUCGCAGCGGAAACACCACCAGCAAAAGCUCCCAGCUGUCCUUCGACGAGGAAUCCCUACUCGGCGGUAGGUACUUUGUGACCUGCGUAGUGAUAGUUGGAGGCCGACCGUGGUGGGCAAGUAUCCGCGAAGUGGGCUUUUAUGGUUAG